AAGUCAUUUAAAAACGUUUUAUUGAAUAAAUGAAUUCAACGGAGAGUAACUUUAAAAUAAAAACAUCCCAUCUACUUGUUUUUUGGUCGUUCUUAGCAAUCGAAGUGGUGAUUAUUGUGGUGGGAAACGCCGUUGUGUUUUGGUGCUUUUACACGAGUAAACAUUUACGUACUAAACAAAAUUACUUUGUAAUAUCUUUGAUUUUAAGUGAUAUACUUGUUGGUAUUAUUGUUCCACCAUGCGAAUAUUGUGCUUUUAUUAAAGGCCGUUACUGUUACAUAUUUUGCGGCAGUCUUUUAAGUUUUACAACUUUAGCCUCAGUUAUUAGUCUAGUCUUAAUUGCAGGUGACCGUUUUUUUUCGAUUACGUCGCCAUUUAAAUAUCGUGCGUUUUUAUCAAAGCGAAGGGCAAGAAACAUAAUUGCAAGUGGCUGGGUUCUCACAGCGUUUCUCACAGCAAUUCCAUUGACAUGGCAAUUGAACAUCCGUGUUAGUAAAACGUUUUCCGCAAAAAUCAACUUAAUAUUUACGAUAAGUAUGUUUAGUAUGGUAGUGAUGGUUGGAACAUUAAUAAGCUUUGUGUAUGCUAAAAUUAUUUUUCUUGUAAAACAAAAACUAUCGGGUCAAAAAUCAAGAAAUCCUGUAGCAUUGAGAGUAAAUGUAAUGGUAGCAAUAAGUUUUUUUGUUUGUUGGAUUCCAACAUUAGUGGUUGAAAUUAUGCUGCAAAGUGGUAUACGCGUUCAUCAAUAUAUUCCUCUUGCAUCAUAUAGUAUUCUUUUGUUUAACCCUUGUUUAGAUCCAAUUUUUUACGCAUACUAUAGAAAAGAUAUCCGAAAAGAAAUUUCAAGGUCCUUAUCUAACAUGACUAGAAGUUCUUUGUUUGAAGCAACAACGAAAAGUGGUUUUCAUUCAGAAUAGCAUAAUUUAAUAACAUUGAUUAUG